ACCGCUGAGAGCUGCCAGAUAAUCGCUCCCAGCAGGAAUUAGAUGUGGAGUGAACGUUACAGGUGGAGCAGUAGAGACGCGGAGCCAGAUCCAAGACGAGGUGGAGAAAGACUCAGCGGCGGUUUCUGGUGUAGAGACGACUGUGACAGACAGCUCCGGGUGGUACCAUGAACAUGAUCUCCUCCAGCAUCCCUCACCAGUAGGUGGGCAGCAUGGCUCCUGCUCCUCCUUCCAGAGAGGACACCAGCAGCUCAUUAGCACUGCGCUGGAGGCUAACACCGACAUAGAUAUCCAUCACUACGCAGGACACUGGCUUCAAACUCAGUGGAAGCAGGCUGAGCUGCACUUUACAGGCCUGGUUAAACAUCUGCAUGAACUGCUGUGAAAACAUGACUCGUGCCAGAGCGGCACAUGUCCAGGACAGCGACACCACCGCAGCAUAACAUCGUCUGGACUGAGACCUUGGACCAUGUUCUGUCUCUGAUUGGGUGCUUUGGUGGCGGAGCUGGAUUGUGUAGCUCUUCCACACUUAGACAAACCUGGACUCUGAGCCAUGUCUCUUCUCUCAGCUCUGAGCAUCAUCUGUGGAUUGAUGCUCCAUGUUUCAUGUAGUGCACUCAACAAUCGCUACUGUGUCCCACGAAAGACUGUCCCCUACCAGAAUGAGCUGAAAUUGUUCAGAGAAGAGGGGAUCUCCAACUACUCGACCAUGUUAAUGAGAGAUGAGCUAGGAGUGCUGCUGCUUGGGGCCAGAGAGGCCAUAUACGCUCUGGACAUCAACAACAUCUCAGACAGAAAGUCUGCGGUGUAUUGGCGAGUUACAGAGGAGAAGCAGAUGGAGUGUACGUACAAAGGAAAACAUGCUGAGGUGGAAUGCCGUAACUACAUUCGAACCCUGCACAGAGUGAAUGACACUGCAAUGUAUGUGUGUGGCACGAAUGCUUUUAGCCCCACCUGUGAUUAUAUGACGUUUGCUAAUGGACAGCUGAGGCUGCUGGGAAAGCAGGAGGAGGGAAAGGGGAAGUGUCCUUUUGAUCCCUUCCAGAGAUACUCCUCCCUCAUGGUUGGAAAUGACCUGUAUUCUGCUACAUCCAUCAACUUCUUGGGCUCUGAGCCUGUGGUUCUGCGCAGUUCAAACUUGGCUCUCCGCACUGAGUUUAAGAGCUCCUGGCUCAGUGAGCCAAACUUUGUCUACAUGGACUUUGUGGGUGAGAGCUUUGAUAGCCCCGAUGGUGAUGAUGAUAAAGUGUACUUGUUCUUCAGUGAGAACGCCAUGGAGUACGAUUUCUACAGCAAAGUUGCUGUAUCACGAGUGGCCCGAGUCUGCAAGGAGGAUAUGGGCGGCCAGCGGACGCUGCAGAGGAAAUGGACGUCGUUCCUGAAAGCUCGUCUGGAUUGUUCCCUCCCUGAACCCAGCCUGCCCCCCAUUGUCCAGGAUGUCUUCCUGCUGAAGCAUGAGGACUGGAGGAAGAGCGUCUUCUACGCUGUCUUCACACCGCAGUCGAGCUUGUCCCAGGUAUCUGCAGUGUGUGCAUACAGCAUGUAUGCCAUCAGAGAUACAUUUAAUGAGGGGAAGUUUAAGACACCGGUUGCUGUGGAAACAUCCCAUGUGAAGUGGGUGAUGUACACCGGAGAAGUUCCAGUCCCCAGACCAGGAGCGUGCAUCAAUAACGUGGCACGUAAAAUGGGGAUGAAUCGCUCUCUGGAUCUCCCAGACAAAACCCUCCAGUUCAUCAGAGACCGCCCCCUCAUGGACGAGGCUGUGCAGCCUCUGACAGGAGGGCCGCUGCUGGUCAAGAGAGGAGCCCUGCUGACGCGAAUCGUAGUGGACCGUGUGCUGGCGCUGGACGGACAGAGAUAUGCCGUCAUGUUCAUCGGCACCGAAAACGGUUACGUUCAGAAGUCCGUCAACUACGACGGAGAGAUGUUCAUAAUUGAGGAGAUUCAACUGUACGAAAACCCUGAGCCUAUCAGCAUCCUGCGCCUCUCAUCAAGCAAGGGCCAGCUAUAUGCAGGUUCACAGUUUGGUGCUAUCCAGAUGCCUGUCAGUAACUGCAGCCGCUACAACACUUGUGUGGACUGCAUCCUGGCCAGGGAUCCUUACUGUGCGUGGGACUUCUCCACUGAGCAGUGCUCCUCAGUCUCCAGCUUAUCCCCCUCCUCAAAUACUGCAAUGCAGAGUCUAAAGGAAGGAGACAUCUCACAGUGUCCUCAGCCAGAGCCAGUAGCAGCUGUAGAUGUAACCCUUGUUCCGGAGAACAACAUCCAGCUCCCCUGCCAGCUCCACUCCAACUUGGCACAGGUCCUUUGGCGCUUGUCCAACCAAACACUUCACUCCAACCACAAAUACUACAUCUACAGCGGGGGCCUCCUCAUCCUGAGCGCCUCUGAGUCGGACGCCGGCCUCUACACCUGCGACUCAGUGGAGCAGAUGAACGGCAGAACGUACAACCGAACUGUGGCGGUGUAUCGUUUACAGCUAUACUUUGGCCCAGCAGUGGAGGAGAGCACCACUCCUGGCAACGAGGUGUCAAAUUCCUCUGGCUCUGUUCACGCUCUGAAUACAGUUGCACCAGGGAUGGGGCCAAACGAGGGCAACAAGGACCCGCUGCACCCCGAGACUCAGAUCGACAGCGGCAGGGUAACUCGUUUAGAGGUGGCCGUGGCUCUGCUCUCGCUGCUUUGCCUCUCCCUGAUGGGGGUCAUAUUUUGGAUCUGGAGCCGAGGACGUUGGGAAUGCCUCAAGUUUGCAAAGAGCUCUGGUGAGAGCGAGGUGAAGAGGCAGUCAGGAGAAUACAUGCACAUCCAGAACAGAACUUCAGAGAUAAAGCUCCUGGGGCCUGAGUCUGUGAGACCUUGCAGUGCCAAUAAUAAUCACUCUGCUGUUGACUUCAAAGGGAACGGGGAGCACCACUUCACACCUAUGGCCAACAUUUCAAGUCUGGAUGGUCUGGGAUACAUAAACGAUGAGUCAGAGAUUUGACUCUGCUGAGUUAUAGAAUUCAUUCUGAGGCCAACACCGGUGCUUUAAUUAUCCUCCUAUAGGUGCACUUCUAACGAGAGACACUUCUAAGAAAAGAUUUUCACAUUAUAAAUUCUUUUGAUUGGUAUCCUGUUUCUCCUUGCCAGUUUCCCACACUGUCUAUCAUUUCCGCACUCUAACAGGGCAGCUCAUGUUCAGUAAAAAGACUUUUUUUCUGGUGGAAUUUUCACUCCAGGAAAUUAAAAGAAAAGACAUUUUUUAUACAUGUAUUUUUUUGUAUAAUGACAAAUUGUGAAUACACUUUAUGUAAUAUAUUGUGUACAGCCCAGACCUUGUUUUUUCAACUAUUUAUUUGUUGCAAUUAAGUUUUUUUUUCCAGCUCUUGUAAUCUACAGUAAGUCUUGUGAAUGUGGUCAACAAGUAGCAAACACUUCAACCUCUAAUUUCCAGUCACAUUUCACUUUAUGGACACCACUGUUUAUUUAGGACAACAUUCAUCUGUCAGAGAGUAUACCAUCAGUCUUUGGCUGUGUUAAUGAUUGAUCAAUACCCUGAUGUACUCUUUAUUUCCUGGUGGCUGAUAAAAAAAACUAAUUACAGAUACAGCUUUGUACGUAAGCUAAGGUGACACAGAGUGAACUUCAUACCUCUAUCUAAUAUAAUGAAACAAUAAUGGUAAUAAUAUUUCUCACUCAAGCAAAUGUUAUAUCAUCAUUUAGAGUGUAGUAGUGUAACCUGGGUCGUUUCUGGGUACGCAGCUAUAUUUUAGAUUCCAGGUAUGUUCUGUAGUCUCACUAUGAAAAGACAAAAUGUUAUUGGGAUGUAGAAGUGUGGGUGUAGAUUUCUGACAGUGAGUCAACUCAGAGACAUAUCACAGAUGAAGACACGUGUCAGACUUUGGAAAAUGCAGUCAUUGUUCAUAAUAAUAAUAAAUCUUUAUUGAGAGUU